AUGAAUGAGGUGUACACAUGCUCUCAGGGGAACAUGCCAACUCGAGACUGGACAACGAAGUGGCAAAAGAUAGUGACCACAGCAGGUUUCGACUUGACAUUUCCAAAUCAACGAUCCGAGUUCUUCUCGCGAUCAUGCGCGGGAUUGCGGUCGRCACUCGGUAAUGAGUACGACUAUACCACAUUCCAGGGCAUUCUGGAUCGAGCGAACUUGGUCAUCCAAACGGACGACAAGGCCGCUAACGAGAGACAAUCCCGGCCGCACUAUGUGGCUAAGCAGGCCUAUCAACGUCCGGCACAUAACAAUGUCGUGAUUUCUGAGGAAACCGACGACCACCACGCUGCAGCAGCAUCCUGGAGUGAUGGAGGAAUUGUCGUAGCGCUCCCGCCCAAGCGUCCCAAGAGAGUUCGAAAGAACAAGGCGACACAAGAGACGGCAGCGACGGGAGCUGGGCAGCAGCCAUGGACGGCAUAUAAGAUCACCAAGGAGCUGGUACCACCAUUAGACCAGCCAAGCCACGUGUACUUAGCUAGCGUAUGCGCAGCCUGUACACCGUCGGCAAGUGAUCCGGUCAGUUCGCCACUGAUUUCUGAGGACUCGACGGCGUGGUCAAGACUGGAGGAGCUUGACCCGCUCACGAGAGAGGAUUUCGCUUGGAUACCUCUACCCUCGACCGGAACAUUGCCAAGGCCGCAUUGCAACGCCUUGAUGGCAAAUCUACGCUUCUACUUGCACACUACAGUACCAGCUCCGUUGACGGACGACGGGGUAGCGGUUGCCGAUCUCCGCUCCUAUCUUGCGAAGAUCGACUGCGAGCACGCCACCCAAAGGUACGCCGAAACCGACGCACCUUUGCUCUAUAUCCGCAUUCAAAUCGGAAAGGCAACCUGUAGUGCCUUGAUUGAUUGCGGAGCGUCUCGCAACUUCAUAAGUCAAGCCUUUAUGGCCCGCGCAGGUUUUGGCCCGCGCGUUCGAAGGAAGACGCAACCUACGCAAGUUACACUCGCGGACGGCCGCACGCAAAAGUCAAUUGACCGAUGCGUUGACGGCGUUCCGGUCUACUUUGCGCCACUUGCGUGUGAGCCGGUGUCUUUUGACAUCCUCGACACCAAGUUCGACAUGAUUCUAGGCAUGUCUUGGUUGCGUAGCGCCGAUCAUCCGGUGAACUUCCAUGACCGAACCAUUCACAUCCGUGAUCGGAACGGAGUGUUAGUCCCAUGUACGGUCGCGACCCCUCACACUUCGAUUGCUUAUCACGUGGUUUCCAUUGCGCGGAUUCGCGACGCCAUUGCUCGGAAUGACGUCGAGGAGAUGGGCCUUGUAUUCUUGCAUGCUCUCCCCUCGCCGGACGCACCAGCCGCGUCACCGCCGGACCCACGCAUUUCUCACCUCUUGGAUAGAGACGUCUUCGAGGCUCCCACCGGAACGGUUCCGGAUCGGGCCAUACGUCACGGGAUCACUCUCGAGGCUGGCGCCGUCCCUCCGCGUGGAUGUAUCUACCGCAUGAGCGAAGAGGAACUCGAGGWGCUUCGCGCACAACUCGAUGAUCUUCUCAACAAAGGUUGGAUUCGCCCUAGUUGCUCGCCAUACGGUGCACCUGUUCUCUUCGUCCGGAAGAAGAACAAAGAUCUACGGUUUUACAUCGACUAUCGGAAACUUAAUGCACAAACCGUAAAGAACGCCGACCCUCUCCAUCGGAUUGAUGAUCUCCUUGAACGGUUAGGCGGCGCGACGUACUUCUCGAAGUUGGAUUUGAAGUCAGGUUACCACCAGAUUGAAAUCCAGCCUCAAGACCGGUACAAGACCGCGUUCAAGACGCGGUACGGACAUUUUGAGUGGGUCGUCAUGCCAUUUGGACUCACCAAUGCCCCCGCAACGUUUCAAGCAGCAAUGACGACUGAGUUUCCCGACUUGCUCGAUCGCAGCGUCCUCAUCUACCUUGAUGAUAUCUUGGUUUAUAGUAGGACGUUGGACGAGCACAUCGUACACCUUCGCGUUGUUUUGAAUCGUUUGCGACUAGCCAAGUACAAAGCGAAUCUCGACAAGUGCGAAUUCGCUAGGCAAGAGCUUGAGUACUUGGGCCAUUUUGUCAAGCCAUCGUUUCUCUCAGAAGUGGAUGAAGAUCUGCAGCGUAUGAUGGCUGCCGGCUACUGGGCAAUACACGAGCUUCCUGCUGCUCUCCUCCCACCGGAAGACCAAGCAUUACGAUCAUCCAUCCAUCCCCAUGUGCCAAUGAUCACCAUGUCAUCUGCAAUGAAAAAACAGGCUCACGGGCCACGGAAGUUGGUCCGCCUUUCUUUAGAAGAGCAACCAUCGUACGAGAAGGGAGAAGGCGGCAAGGAUGAUGGUGCAGCACCUGCUCAAGCGGCGGACGACCAUGAACCCGCUGGUAUGCGGAAUGUAUUCACAUCUCCGCUGUUCAGCUUGGAGUUUAGCCCUCAGGGAACCCCCAAAGGGCGUCCUCCGUCGUCAGGGACGCAAAGAGGUGAAUCUCAGGCAGAGGAAUCCCCAGGUCCAGCCAGCGGUGCAGAUGUUACAUCAUCAGUAUCCACACCAUCCACUGUACCUGCAUCUGAACCACAAGCGCAGGAUUCCUUGCCCCAAUAUCCACCUGGUCCAACAGUUAGUCAGUCUACGCCUGCGAUCGCUGACGAGGAUUUCAAACCCACUACAGCACCAGAACCGUCGACCCAGCAGUCAUCAACGGAGGAUGAUGGCACCCAGCCAGCCGCAGAUGAACCAUCCAAUGACGUGGAACAGGCUGCAGGAGACCAAGGUUCCUCACCCCCCUCAGCAUCACUGGCAGACGAGGAAGGAGCACCGCAAAGUCCCAGCGCGGAGGCUAGCAGUUCAGUCGUUCCAGCCCAAUCAGACGUCCCAACGGGUGAAAGCGGUGACAGGUCGGCGAUGGCCCCCCAGCCACCAUCCCAACAAUCUGAAGGAGGGUGGAGUUCAUACCUGCCCAUCCCCUCCCCAGUGGCUCUGAUGAGUGGCCUACUUUCCGCGCUCAUGGCUCGAGGUGCUGGUGGCAGCCCUGCUACAUCCCCUCAAACACCCUCUGAGGGGCCAUCAAGCAGUUCAACUCCAAAAGGCCCGCGAAGCGGGCCCACAAAAAGGAUGCCUUUCCCCCUCCCAGGCUCUCCUGAGGCCUUAUCCUCUGAUCAAGCCUCCCGUUUAACAAAACCGCAAACGAAGUUGAAGGUACCAGGCGACAGCUCCACGCCUGCAGAUUCACAGAAGGGUUUGGCAGAUAGCACCGGCUCACCAGGGUCUGGAAACAAGUUAAGAUUGCUUAUGCUGGAGAUUGGACGCCCAAAGGGCUCCAGACAGCUGAAGGGCCCAAAAGACGAAAGUCCCAAAAAGGACCACUCUUCGGAAAAGGGACCUGAAAAGGGAGUCGGAGCUGAGGACUCCAACGGCCCGGGGGAGGAGGUAGAGAGCCCAAAGAGCUCAAGUGAGUCAAAGGGCACGGAUGAAAAAUCCCAAAAGGGUCACUCUCCGGGCAAGGACCAGGAACAGGAGAUGAAGCUGAGGGCUCAAGCAGGCAGGGGUAGGAUGUCGCACACCCAAUGAGAGAGUCAGGGUAUCGAUGAACAACCCCCAGAAAGGAUGCCUUUUCGGGCAAGGGACCCAAGAAGGAAGAUAUGGAGCGGAGGACUC